AUGCUAAGUAAGCCAUGCUGGCUUCACCCCCACCUGUCUGGGCACCUGGCCAAGUGUCCUCUCACCUUGCGGGCACUGUUCUCCCCUGGCUGCCCAGUUCCCCUCUCUGCCGUCCCUCAGGGUAGGCUGGGGAGGAAUGGUCAACAGCACAGUUUGAACCCUGCCCACUCACCAACGUCUCUGCUGUUUGUUGUGGCAACUGGGCUGGGGAGCACGGGGCAAGACGCCUGGAGGUCUGCUUCCCUGUGGGCUCGUAGGGUCCUUAGUCAGGAAGCUCCUGAGUUGUUCUGGACCACAGCGGGGGCAGCAGACUGGAAACCUCCUGACCGGUGCCUGGUGGGAAGGAAGAAAGGCAAGCGAAGUCAGAGACCCAGGUGCACAGGGAGUAGGAGCAGCUGGGGGGAGGAGCACAUCCCUCAGAGAGGCCGUGUGGAAAUGUGGAAACGUCCCAAGGACAAAAGGGAGCUUCUGCGGAAAGCUGAUCCCAGAGUGCCAGCCCCAUCUGUAUCCAGCUGUUCCUGGAGAUCCGUUUGGCCACGGGAUCAAGUGGGAGCCACAUCAGGACGGUGUUCCUGUGAGAGAUGGUUUCCGCACCUCCCAUGGGCUAAGCCAGUCAGUCCUGGCAGAAUUUCUCUUGAAAGUUCAGUCCCUCUGCCGCCACUCACCUCAACGAUUCUCCUACCCUGUCUCACGUGCAGCCAGCAAGAGGAGCCCCCUCGCCUGCUGCCCCUCUUGUGUCUCAAGCCCAUGGCCUGUCUGGUGUCCAUGUGAGGCCUGGCUGUCCCACCACAGGACUCUUCUGCCCAGCUGGCUACGCAACUCUUGGCUAUAACCCUUCUCAACUCAACCUGCACCAAGGCCUGCUUCUAAAAGGAACUGAAGUCACUCACAAGAAAAUGCGAAAUUAAGCUAGUGAAUAUUUAAAAAUUAAAAGUGUAUAAAAGCUGAUAAUAUAUGCAAAACGGUUUUCUACACUAAUUUUGUAUCAAGCGGUACAGAUGGAAAAGAGUUUCCUGACACUCAUGAUAAAAAA